AUCACAACGAGGGGAUAUUCCGAUUGUUCUAAGAUGUUGGACGGUAUUAAAAUUGAAGAUCUCAGGUCGGGACCGGCUGCAAUGGGAGCUAUGCUUGGGACGGAGUGUCGUCACCAGGCGGUUUGCGAGGGAUGCCAGCGGCCCAUAUCCGACAGAUUUCUGAUGCGAGUCAACGAAUCUUCGUGGCACGAGGAGUGUUUGCAGUGCGCGGCGUGUCAACAGCCGCUCACCACCAGCUGCUACUUCCGAGACAGGAAGCUGUACUGCAAACUCGACUACCAACAGCUGUUCGCCACCAAGUGCAGCGGCUGCAUGGAGACGAUCGCGGCCACGGAGCUGGUGAUGCGGGCGCUGAAGAGCGUGUACCACCUGGGCUGCUUCUGCUGCUGCGUGUGUGAGCGGCAGCUCAGGAAGGGAGACCAGUUCCUGCUGAAGGAGGGCCAGCUGCUCUGUAAGAGCGACUACGAGAAGGAGAGGGACCUGCUCAGCUCCAUCAGCCCCGAGAACUCAGACUCCGAGAAAAGUGAAGAUGAGGAGCAGGACGUGAAGCAGGAGAAGGGGUCAGGAGGCCAGGGGAAGGGCGGGGACGAGGCCAAGGACCCGCGCAGGCCCAAACGCCCACGGACCAUCCUCACCACACAGCAGCGGCGGGCCUUCAAGGCCUCCUUCGAGGUGUCCUCCAAACCCUGCCGAAAGGUGAGAGAGACGCUGGCCGCAGAGACCGGGCUCACUGUUCGAGUGGUGCAGGUCUGGUUCCAGAACCAGCGGGCUAAGAUGAAGAAGUUGGCACGGAGACAACAGCAGCAGCAGGAGCAGCAGAACUCUCAGCGGCUCGGGCAAGAGGUGAUAUCCAGUAGGAUGGAGGGGAUGAUGAACUACACCUCGCUGGCCCCUCCCCAGCAACUGGUUCCCAUGGAGCAGAAUGGCUACAGCACUGACCCCUUCCAGCAGGGCCUCACCCCUCCACAGAUGCCUGGAGACCACAUGAACCCAUACGGAAGCGACUCCAUUUUCCACGACAUCGACAGCGACACGUCACUAACCAGCCUCAGCGACUGCUUCAUGACGUCAUCCGAAGUGGGCUCCCUGCAAACGCGGGUGGGAAACCCCAUCGACCGCCUCUACUCCAUGCAGAACUCUUACUUUGCCUCCUGA